AUGGCGGAGGUUCAGCGCUACCCACCGCCGCCGGUUCUUAGCAAGAAUCCGUUUCCACACUCCACUUUUCCAGUCCGCGGAGUUACCAGUGGAUUGCUUGCAAGUGGUCUGAAUUAUCCAGUUUUGGCCCACAAUCCUCCUGGUUGGGAAGGCCAACCUCCUUCAAGUCCUCUGCAGCAGCUGAUAGCGACACCUGAAGGCUUCCUGGCCAAGCAGCGACGGCGCCUGGCCGAAGGUGGAGCCGCUGGAGGCGUGCGGGGAGGCGGUGGAGAUGGCCGUGGCGCUGGGGCGGAUGGCAUCCUUAGAGCUGGUGGCGGUGGAGCUGGUGGCGCAGGUCGAGGUCGGCGACGUCGUGGCCGCUUCGGUGCCGGCUACGGUGGUGCUGGUGGCUACGGGUCUGGGGCUGGCGGUGGCCUCGAUGAUGACGCGGAAUGGUUUGACGAUGGAGGUGACGAAGAGGAUCCAGCUGAGGAAGCUGCAGAAGAGGGUUUGGGGAUUGGCAUGCCAGUGCGUGUGUGCUACUUGGCUUUGCAAAUGGAGUUGAUGAGUGAAACCAUCGGUGUCUUCAACGAGCCCAGCAACCUCUGGAUGUUCAGCUGCCUCUUCGAAUGGAUUGAUGAAGCCCAAGGAACUCGCUAA